CUCGUAUUCGCAAGGACUUCCCAAUUCCACCCCACCCACGCUGCUUGCCAUACGCAGAGCUGUUUGAUGCUGAUAAAAAGGGGGUCAGAUUGGUGACUUUUGAGUCAACUCAGAAGUCACCUACUCUGCGCUGCCAGAGCUGUUCAUUUCUGUUCAGAUCAGUGAG